UCUCAAAUAAAACACAAUUAAAAUGCGCUUAAUAUUUUAUUUUUAUGUAAUAGCAGUAUUUUUAUUAGUUAUUAAAGUAAAACUUUUUACGGCAUUUGGUCGAGUGUAUGAAACUAAUAACAAGAACAAAUUUUAUAUUGAAAAUGAUCAAAAGUACAACUGGGUUGAGGCUUUCAGUAGCUGCUUGGAAAUGAACAUGAGUCUAGUGACAAUAGAGUCUGCCUCUAAGUCUAAUGAAAUAAAUCGCCUAGUACAAGAUACCUUUGGCAAACGUUUAAAUCUUUGGAUAGCUGGCGUUCGGAAUCGUUAUCCUAUUCAACAUUUUGUUUGGUUACCAUCUGCGAAAAAAUUCUCCUACACCUAUUGGGAGGGACAAAAUCCCGAUUUUUCUGGUGCUGUUGAAUAUUGUGUUCAUAUUGGUUGGGGCAGUAAAAUGGAAUGGAAUGACAAAGCAUGUAAUUUUGAAUUUGGUUUUAUAUGUGAACCAAAUCAUCAGCUUUUAGAAAAGGUUGGAUUGCAGCAACAACUUCAACAAGAAAUUGAAAAACAACAAAAAUUACAAACUCAACUUAUGGAGUGGGAAAAACGGGAGAAAUCAUUAUUGCAGGAAUUACAGAGUAUAAAAGAAUCUUUAAAACUGCAGAAAGGAAAGACCAAAGAGUAUAUGGAAAAGUAUGAAAACAGUUUGGAACUACAACUAAAAUGUCAAAAAUAUCAUAUUAAUUUUAAUUUUCGUCAAGAUCAAAAAUAAAUAGAAACAAGUAAGAAGUUAUAGUCGGGCGAGGCCGACCAUAUAAUACCCUACACCUGUAUACGAAUAAAA